AUGCGCCAUCCCUCCCAUCCGCACGGCGCCUAUAUUGACCCCAAUGCUCGCCAGCGGCAGCAACCCCAAACUACGAGCGGCAACCCACAGUCGACCUCAAAUGGCCAACAGCCGGCGCCCUAUGGAGGUGCCGCUUACUCGGGGAACCUGCCCAUCUCGGCAACUCGACUUCCUGAUCCGCCCAGGGCGCCAACGCCCUCCCCGGCGCCGUAUAUAGGACUUCCAACUGCCACUCCGUAUAAAUACGUUCCUCCGGUGCAAGUCUACUCAACGCCUCCCACUCCAGAGUGGACUGCACCGCCCGAGGCUUAUAGUUCUGUCGCGUGGAAUCCGACACCUCCUUGGACGCCGAUGACUCUGCCACAUUCAAACAAAAAGGAUAAUUCUUCAGGAAAGAUUGGAUCGUAUUUCGACCCUCGAGCUUCAGCUAGUGUCUACCACUCCUCGCAUUCGGCAUGUCCUCCCGAUCCCGCCGAGUCGUGCUUGUUUGCAGGCUCCUCCGUCGAUCCUACGAAGAAGGCUUCUACAAAGAGACAUUAG